AUGGGCGGGCUCAUGUCGACGACGACUAGCUUCGUGAGCAAAGGCUCGUGGGGGAGCGUUUACAGAGUCAAACAUCUGAAAACCGGGGUGAAAUGUGCCCUCAAGAUUAUACCGAAAGCAAAGUACAGAGAGCAACUACGUGUGCUCGUCGUCCACGAGAAAAAACUGCAAUUUGCGUUGUCGGGCGACAAUAUCGUCUGUCUGUUCUCUGCGUACCAAGACACGGUCAAUCUUUAUCUCGUCAUGGAAUACGCCAAGUACGGGCACCUCAGGAGGUUCGCCAGUCGACCGGACGGUUUGAGUGAAAACACAGUCAGACUCAUUGCCGCUCAGCUCGUCCUAGGACUGGAAUACAUCCAUGCUUGCGACGUCCUAUACCGCGAUCUGAAAGAGUCGAAUGUUCUAGUUUUUGGGGACGGCUACGUGAAGAUCGCAGACUUCGGCGUGUCGCGAAUUUAUCGAGGACGCGCGAACACGUUCUCGGGAACUCCUGACUACAUGGCUCCGGAAAUGGCGGAUACUUAUCACGGAUACGGACUGGAAAUCGAUUAUUGGGCCCUCGGCAUAGUUCUCUACCGAUUGCUGUACUUCCGGCAUCCGUUCAGGGGUGCUGACAAGAUCAAGGCGCGUGAACUUCUCCACAACAUAAAUACCGUCAACCUCAGCUUCCCUGACGUGGGUGAAAACGACGAGUUGACUCCGACCCAUCACUUUAUCGCCGGCCUGCUGGAGAGGGAUCCUUUGCAUCGCAUCGGCCGACACGGAGGAGACAUCAAGCAACACGAUUAUUUCAAGGGCAUGUCCUUCAUGGCGAUUCAUCGCAAGCUGGUCCGGUUUCAAGUCAAUUUGCCUCCCGUGCCGUAUGAGGCGACCACCGAGCUCGAUGUUCUCCCCGACAUAGACCCCGACAAGCCGAUGAAUUAUUUCGACAGCUUUUGA